AUGGAGAAGUUUCUUGUGAAAUUUAACCAUUCUCAAGCAAGUUCUAGUACGAAUGUCAAUCCUUCUAGUCUUAUAGAUGACCUUAAUUUAGAUUCACUUGAAGCCGAUCCAAGAAAAAGAGUACCAAUUGCUCACUAUAACCCUCAAAUAAAGGAUGAAGUGAGGAAACAUUAUAUUCAAAAAGGGCCUUGUCAACCAAAAAUGGAUUCAUAUCCUCCAACUGAAAUUGGAAAAAGAAUGCGUCAAUUUUGUAAAAUUUGGUUUGAAGGUCCAUAUUCUAAAUGGUUGGAGUAUAGCGUGGAGAAAGAUUCUGUCUAUUGUCUAUGUUGUUAUUUAUUCAAAGAUGAUUUUUUCCAUGGAAGUACAAGUGAGUUUUACACAAAAACGGGUUUUAGGAGUUGGAAUAGGGCACUUGAAAGAUUCCGUAAACAUGUUGGUGAUGUUAAUAGUAUUCAUGACAAAUGUUUCAACAAGAUGCUAGAUUUGUCAAAUCAUCAUCAAUCAAUUCAAGUUGUUAUUGAUAAGCAUUCUCAAAAGUUAAAAAAUGAGUAUCGAAUGCGUUUGGAAGCCUCAAUUGAUGUGUCAAGACUUCUUUUGCAAUAUGGAUUACCUUUUCGAGGUCACGAUGAAAGUGAAUCUUCAAUUAAUCAAGGCUUCUUUCUAGGAUUUUUGCGAUGGCACGGGGACAAACAUCCGAAUGUUGGAAAAGUGAUAUUGGAAAAUGCCCCACAAAAUGAUACGUUGACUUGUCCUAUGAUUCAAAAAGAUAUUGCCAAUGCUUGUGCAAAAGAAACAUUGAAAGCAAUAAUUGGGGACUUGAAUGGAGAUUACUUUGGUAUAUUAGUUGAUGAGUCAAAAGACAUCUCUCACAAAGAACAAAUGGCUCUUGUUUUGCGUUUUGUUAAUAAGAAUGGUGAAGUAGUUGAACGAUUUAUCGGUCUUGUCCAUGUUAGUGAUACAUCGGCAUGUUCAUUGAAGAAAGCGAUUUAUUCUUUGCUUUCCGUUCACUCACUAAGUCCAACCAAAAUACGUGGACAAGGUUUUGAUGGGGCUAGUAAUAUGAAAGGAGAGAUAAAUGGGCUCAAAACUUUGAUUAUGAAAGAUAGUCCAUCGGCAUAUUACAUUCAUUGUUUUGCUCAUCAAUUGCAACUAACACUAGUGGCUAUUGCUAAAAAACAUUUGGAUGUUGAAGACUUUUUUGAUCAUGUUAGUAAUGUGUUGAAUGUUGUUGGAGGAUCUUUCAAGCGUAGAGACUUACUUCGUGAUCACCAAGCCAAAAACUUGAAUCCGGUCAAUUCUUUCUCUAAUUUUGACAAAGGUAAAAUCAUGACUUUAGCAAAGUGUUAUCCAAGUGAGUUUGAUGAUGGAAAAAUUAGAGAUUUGAGCUAUCAACUCGAUACUUUCAUUAUUCAUAUGCGAAGUGGUAAUCCCAAGUUCUCCAACUUGCAAGGAAUUCAUGAUUUGGCGAAGGCAUUGGUUGAAGCAAAUCUCGCGGAGACUUAUUCACUUAUUUAUUUACUUGUAAAGUUGACUUUGAUUUUACCUGUUGCUACGGCAACUGUGGAGAGAGCAUUUUCGUCAAUGAAGCACAUAAAAAAUGGUGCGGAAUAG